GACGCACCGGGGAACCACGCGUGAAACUACUUGUGAUAUAUAUGGUCUGCGCUGACCGGCAGGCGUCAUUCCACAACAGACCGUCAUACGAUCAUAGUUCGACUGGGUUGAAACUCUUUUAUAUCGACAGCAAGAUGUAUAAGUUUGGAAUCCUCCUCAUCGUCUCCUACAUAUGCAGCACUGCAGCGCUCCCGCCCUGCGUCUGCGCGCGCGACUACACACCCGUCUGUGGCUCCGACGGCGAGACCUACCCCAACAGUUGCAUGCUCGACUGCACAGCCCAGACCAAACAGGACCUCAAGCUCGCCCACGGAGGCCCCUGCCAAACAGAAACCACUUGCAUCUGCACAUUUGAGUAUAAACCCGUCUGCGGCAUCGACGGCACAACCUACCCUAACAAAUGCGCUCUCGGCUGCGAAAGAGCUAGAAACCCAGUCUUGAUUAAGCAACAUGACGGCCCUUGCGAAACUGACGCCGUCUCCCAACAAGUGAAAGCAGCUAAACCCAUUCUUCCCACUUGCACUUGCACUAGGAACUUCGAGCCCGUCUGUGGAACCGAUGGUGUCACUUACAGCAAUAUGUGUCUGUUGAAAUGCGCGGCGCAGAACAAGCCUUUGGAUAAAAAAGCCGACGGCCCCUGCGAGGAUUUGACGGUUAAAGUAGUGGAAGAUUUACAAGAGCCGCCUAAGAAAAGCUGUGUGUGCUUCAGGAAUUAUAUGCCUGUGUGCGGGUCCGAUGGAAAUACGUAUGCUAACCACUGUGUGCUGGGAUGCUCAAGUAACAGGAACCCCGGAUUGAGCGUGGCUCACAAUGGUCCUUGUUAAAGGAUAUUGGCAUUGGCAAACCAUUGAUAACCGUUUGUCCCAAUUGUCGUCAUUUUGAAAAUUUCCGUUAGAAAGAUACAAAUUUUAACUGAUGUCUGUAGGAAGUUGCUGAGUUUUAUGAAUAAAGGGGGUAUGCCAUUGGUAGUCCGCUAAGUUUGAGUUUAUUGAGUUUUUGUCUUCGAUAUAUUUUACCAGCAGUGGUUACUUUACUGGCCAAUCGUACCGAAGACAGUAUUUAUUGUAUGUGAUAUAAGGUUUAGUUAUUAGUCAGUAUAUUGUUUGGUAUGUUUGGCAGCCUGGCCCAGUUAAUUUUUAUGAGUAGGUACGCCUAUUCAGGUAAAAAAGUUUUGAUAAAGUGCCAUUUAUAUGUAUAAAGAUAAUAUCAUAGAGAUGGGUUAUAUUAUAGAGUCCUAAAAUGUCUUCCAAAGAACGAAUAUUUUUAAGGCCCAAUGAAUUAGUUAUGUCAUCGUAUUGUUAUGUCUGAUAACAACACGAUGAGCUGUCGGAGGUCGCGGGUUUAAGCCCCGGCUCGUACCAAUGAGUUUUUCAGAACUUAUGUACGAAAUAUCAUUUGAUAUUUCCCAGUCGGUUUUCGGUGAAGGAAAACAUCGUGAGGAAACUGGACUAAUCCCAAUAAGGUCUAGUUUACUCUCUGGAUUGGAAGGUCUGAUGGCAGUCGCUUUCGUAAAAACUAUUAGUGUCUACGCCGAUUCUUGGGAUUAGUUGCCAAACGGACCGCGGG